GUUUACUCGUCAACAAAACACAUAUCUGGCGAACGUGGAAGGAGGCGAUACAACCGCCUUCGUCUUACCACCAUUUUGUUGAUUUUUCUCAGCCAGUUGGCUGUUGUGUUUGAGGGGUUAGUAGGGUUGGAGAACGGAGGAAUUAAGGAGCACUUUACUUGAGCUUUUGUUCGCCCUGUUACGGGGCUGCAAGUUAGCUUGCUAGCUGUCUGCCCUCGGUUGAAGCUUUACAUAGCACAACUUAGCUAACUGUGGGCAGUAUUGGGUGAGAAAGAGUAAUACAACGUUAAUGUUAGAAUUUCAUAUUUUUUUUGACUCAACUCUCUCAGUUUUUGGUCUUUUAUUCAGCGGGAUCCCGGAUCGGACGGAACAGGAAUAACUAACCGUGGCUGUGGGAAAUCUAGAUUUUCUCUCAAAUUUCAUCCCACACAGUCGGAGCAACUUUUGCCGCCGUUUGGUUCAGGUUGUUCCAGCCUGUUAGCUUCGGUGCGCCGCCUGCUAGCUGGCUAAGUCUAUUGUGUUCGUGCCCCGGUGUUAUUCCAGCCGUUCCCCGACCCUAGAUCCCGCGCUCUCGCACGCUCCUGGCCCCGGCACAGCCCGAGCUUUCUUUUCAGCAGAUUUUCGGUUAGUCGACACGACUCACUCAGAAAGAAAGAUGUGUUCCCGGGUGUGGUUCAUUACGGACCGCAGGAUCCACCAGGAGUACCCCCAAGUCCAGAUUCUCCGUGCCCUGAAGCAGCGGUGCGCCGAGGAUGAUGUCGAAUUCCGAUAUCUCCUGAUGGAUCAGAUUGUCCUGACUAUCACGGAUGGCCAACUGGGCCUGCGCGUUGACCAGGAGAUGGUGACGUCGUACCCCCAGGUUGCCGUGGUGAGGGUGCCCACGCCCUGGGUGCAGUCGGACAGUGACAUCACGGUGCUGCGGCACCUGGAGAAGAUGGGGUGCCGCCUGGUCAACCGCCCACAGGCCAUCCUCAACUGCGUCAACAAGUUCUGGACCUUCCAGGAGCUCGCCGGACACGGGGUGCCCCUCCCCGACACCUACUCCUACGGAGGACACGACAACUUCCGUAAGAUGAUUGAUGAGGCUGAGCCUCUUGGAUACCCUGUGGUGGUGAAGAACGCUCGUGGACACAGAGGUAAGGCGGUGUUCCUGGCGAGGGAUAAGCAUCACCUGUCGGACCUGUGCCACCUGAUCCGUCACGAGGCGCCGUACCUGUUCCAGGAGUACGUGCGGGAGUCGCACGGGCGGGACGUGCGGGUGGUGCUGGUGGGGGGGCGCGUCAUCGGCUCCAUGCUGCGCUGCUCCACCGACGGACGCAUGCAGAGCAACUGCUCCCUGGGCGGCGUGGGCAUGAUGUGCCCCCUGAGCGAGCAGGGCAAGCAGCUGGCGGUGCAGGUGUCCAACAUCCUGGGCAUGGACGUGUGCGGCAUCGACCUGCUGCAGCUCAACGACGGCUCCUUCGUGGUGUGCGAGGCCAACGCCAACGUGGGCUUCAUCGCCUUCGACCAGGCGUGCGGGCUGGACGUGGCGGGCAUCGUGGCCGACUACGCCCUCUCGCUGCUGCCCAGCCGCCUCCUCACCCGCAAGAUGUCGCUGCUCUCCGUGGUGUCGAGCGCCAGCGAGACCUGCAGCGAGCCCGAGGGCUGCGCGCUACCGCUAACGCUAACGGGCGGCGGCGGCGGCAUCAUCGCGCCAACCGAGGGGUGCCCGCUGCCGCUGACGCUCACGUCCGGUGGCGCUCCCCCGGAGGCGGGCGCGGCGGUGACGGAGGCCGUGUGCACCAUGAGCGUGGGCUCCACGUCCAGCGAGAGCGACCCCGAGCUGGCGGAGACGGUGGUGCCCGGACCCCCGCCGCCCCCCACCUGCGCCCCGCUGCCCCCCGACAACCACCAGCCCUCCGCCUUCUACAACAACCUGCGCGCCAGCCACAUCAAACUGUUGACUGAGUGAGAGGGGACACUCUGGGAGAUACACACACACACACACACACACACACACACACACUCUAACACACAUACGUACACACACACACACACACACACACACAAGAGACUGGCAUGGUGGAAUAUGCUGAAGUGCUGAUCAGUAAACAUUUCUGAAGGACACACUCCUAACACACACACACACACACACACACACACACACACACACACACACACACACACACAAACACACAGAAGCUUUCAACAUGUAUCAUACCCAGUGUCCUAAGCAAGUCUGCAAGGUGUGAAUACACACACACACACACACACACACACACACACACACAAAUGCACACAUUCCUUGUUGUACUAACUAAGCUGAGUAGAGGGGCUGCUUCCCUGGGCGUGUGGUGCAGAGUGUGUUUGUGUGUGUGUGUGUGUGUGUGUGUGUGUGUGUGUGUAGUGGCAUGGUGUGCUAUGCUAGGCUAGGCUAGGCUAGGCUUGGCUAGGUUAGCUGAUUAAAACCCACCAACUCUGGAAGGGGGCAAUACCUGCCUGGGUGAGUGUGGUACAGAGUGUGUGUGUGUGGAUGGGGCUGCUGGUGUUGACACCUCCUCCCACUCUCUGCCCAGGUGACGUGUGUUUGCCGUUCGUGUGCUGGCAGAGUAGAUCCAGCAUGCUCCCGUACACACACACACAUGCCGCACGCACACACACACACACACACACACACACACACACACACACACACGCACACACACAUGCACACACACAGCAGUCACACCACAGAGAUUUAGCCUUCCUACACAUACACACACACCACAUACUUAGCCUGCCUACACAUACGAGCACAUACACACACACACACACACACACACAUCCUUUAAAACACAUAACGUGAUUUUAUAGAUAUUAAUUGUACAUUGAGGAGUGUGAGUUGUAGCAGAAUAGAUCCCUCUUCUUCCCAAAAUGAACACACACACACUCCCCUUAUCAUUUUAACCAAAGCACUUUCACACACACACACACACACACACAGUGACCUGUCGGAUCAUCACAGAGGCUCUUUCUAAGCCACAACACAGCUAAAUACCUCAGAAUCACACUAGUCACUGCCAUGCAUCAAGACUGUCCUGUCAUCUGAAACACACACACACACACACACACACACACACACACACCUGACAGGAGCUCCAUUUCUAGACCUUCACACACCCUCUACACUCGUCUACUCAGCAGGCAGUGCUUGAAGUGGAUCUAAAGACUCACACGCGCUCAAACACACACACACACACACACGUCUCUUCCAAAUGAUCAGGGGUAGUCCUCUCGCAGGCUCCAUCAAAGCAGCCCAGCGCUGUUGCCAGGGCAACGCAUACCCCUCUCCCCCAGGUCUGCAUGGCACUCACCGCCAAAGCACAAGCCAUCUGCCAUCAGUGUGUGUGUACGAGCGAGCGCGCGUGCGUGCGUGCGUGCGUGCGUGUGUGUGUGUGUGUGUGUGUGUGUGUGUAUGUGUGUGUGACUGACUCAGACCCAGGGAAGCAGCCCGUCUCUCUACACCCCCCCCUCCAAGACCAACCCCCCCUCUAGUUAGCGAAGCGUGAGAUCGGCCAGGGCUGCGCACAGACAGACAGACAGCUGGAGAGACAGACGGAGAGACAGACAGACAGAGAGACAGACAGAGAGAGAUGCUGCCCUGUACAUGCAGGUGGAGAGACACAUUUGCCCCUCUUGCUUGUGUUUUUUUAUAUAUAUAUAUAAUGUUCAGUGUUUUAUUUUUCUUCUAUUUCUCUAAUUUAUGGUAAUUUUUUUAAGGAAAAAUGAUUUGUGCGUGUGUGUGUGUGCGUGUGUGACUAAUCUGUCUCAGUAAAAGAGAUCUCCGCUGUGAAGGUUGGCACCUGGGGGAACGCUUUACAGCAUCUGGGGACGCUAUACUGCGUCUGGGGAACGCUUUACUACAUUUGGGGAACGCUUUACUGCAUCUGUGUGAAGGCUGGCAUCUGGGGGACGUUCACUGGACAGAGAGGAGGGCGGCACUUCCUGGGUGCCCCCUCACCAUAUCCAAUCAGCAGUCAGGACUCAGAGCCCCUACUUGGCAGGACCAGGAUGUAGUCACCUUCCAUAAGGAAGCAGAAAGGACAACCAACCAAAACAACAACAGCAACAACAACAACAACACAGCACCUGUCACCCCACCAGUCUGUGUUGCUCCCUAGUUGUACACUAGUGCUCUCCAGUGCUCCCUUUCCAGGUGAAACAUGAUUGUUAAUCUUUAUCAUAACCACAAAUAGAGGACUCACAAGGUGUGUGUGGGUGUGUGUGUGUUUGGGGGUGUCAGCCUGGACAGAUGGAGCGAGGUGAUGUUUUAUACACACACACACACACUCACACUCAACCGAAUCCCAUAUCAGCUCCAUGUUGAACACCCUCGACUGUGUGGCAUCCUGCUGGCCAGAGAGACCCUCCAGCACACUAGGAGAGAACUAGUAGCUUUACUGGGUAGCAGGGGGAACUAGAGGAUGCUGGGAAAUGUAGUUCUACAGGGCCACGAUGGGGGGGGGGAAAGCUGUUGAGGGAAAUAAAGGAAGUUAUGGGUGACGUAGUUUUUCUUUUCUUCUCAGUAGCACUGAGAGGGUGGUGGUGAUCAUAGUUAUGCUGGGUAGUAUUGGGAGAGGAUUAUGGGAAAUGUAGUUUUACCAGGGUGGGCUACAGGAAGUAGCGCGGCACAGGGGGGAGCGCAGAGGGUAGCACAGGAAGCUGCAACACUACAGGAACAAUAGAACACGACACUCAACAACACUACAGUACCAGCAGCACAGGAACUAUGACAGUAACAUAUCGACAACACUGCCGGGUCUACGGCUCUACACAAACAAACAAACAAACAAACAAACAAACACUGCCGGGUGGGCGGGAGGACUGACGCCACCUGCCUGCCAUUCUGACGCAACACUGCCAACAGCCUCGAGUGUUAGUGGGGGUACAGAGCUCAGUCAGGGUGGGGCGGGGUGGGGUGCUCUCUCUGGUUCCUUUACCCCCCAUCAGUGGGUGGGGGUGGUUUCUGCCCCUCCCCUGUAGCGCCCCCCUGUGGUUAUGACUCAUUUGCCCCAUUGCUGCUAAUGUACAUUUAGUCCUUAACCUCCAGAUCUUUACAAAAGGGAAUUUACACGGGACCCCCACUAGGGGCAGACUCCUGUGUAUGGUGCGGGACGAGACGACCUGAUUGCCAAACAAACAAACCAACCAAGCAACCAACCAACCAACCCACACACACCUGACACUCAUACAAGCAAUGUUGUGUAAUUUGAUACUAGAGAAAACCAGUAGUCCUACAGUUCUAACAUUGACGUUAUGUGUAUUGAUUCUGAAUACUGAGAAAAAAUGAGAAUAAUAAAAACGUUGUUUGACCGAA